AUGUCCGAGCAUUUAGACACAAGUCGCGCACACACAGAAAAUGCUCCGCGGCGGACGGGACGCACGGAUCCCUCUCCAGUCCUCCAGCCGCGACAUCUUUUAGCGUCUCUCAGCACACACUCACCUGGAUUUGGGCCUGCUGGUGCAGGAGGUCGUUUUGUCAUGAUGAUGACGACAAGCAUGAUGGCAGCGAGGGACAAUGCUGGCAUUCAUGUUGCAGCUUUAUGACUGCGUCGGCCCUCAGUCAUACAUGCCAGCGUGCUGUUUAGUCAUGCAUCCGUGACUGUUAUCCACAUUGAAAAUCCUCCUGCAGAUCGGCAAAAGAAUAAAUCAUCUGCCAUCUCCGAAUCAGUCCUUCAUUUUGAGAAAAUCCAAUCCCACGGGCACUGUUUUAGUUUUAGACUCAAUUAUGAAUGAGUUUUCUGUUGUUUUUUUUUUAACUUUCAUUUAAAUUAUGAUCAAAUGAAACUAUUCACUGUGUAAUGUUUAAUGUUGGUCCCUUCUCCCGGCUGGAUUGUCUCUAAUGGGUUCAUUUUUUAACGAUCAUUAUAAAGGUUAUCAGUAUAUAUGUUAAAGAAAAGACUAACUAAAGGUAAAGUAAAAGAAAGAGUAGACCAGAUGGACCCAGGUGACCUCCCAGGGCAGGUGUCUUUUAAUCCAGCGGGCCUUUUUCAAUCAGAACAGAGCAGGACCUCAAAGUUCUACAUAUGAGAAGCUGUAGAAAGUUCAGUUUAACAAUCCAAACACAAACACACAUAUGCAUAUAUACACAGUUUUUACGCUGGAAAUUGAAGCAGUUAUAAAAUGAUGGAACGGAAAGAAAAAUGCCAUCAGAAAAAAGGUAUUUCAGCAUUCAUAUUUGUAUACUGACUCUAAUGAAUGUAAGUUAUGUUUAUCUGUAAACAUGCAGCAUGUUACCAGUUAGGUUUAUAAAAGCAAGAUCUAUCUAAAACAAAAACAACAACAAUGACAAACACAGAUGAUUUUCACUUUUUUAUCUUUUUGGCCUAGGUUUAGUGCGUUAUCCCCUCUGCACUUUAGUUUUUGAAAAAUCAUCGCCACAACUUCCCUCGAAGUUACUUUUUACUCCUUGUAAAAACUUUUCUUAAACCGUUUUUGUCUGUCUCACAGAACAAAACAAAUUAUUGAUUGCACCCCACCUAUAGUUAUUUCAUAUAAAAUCCCUUUUCUGGCACUUAAUGUAUUGGUUAUGUUAACUGAUCCAAAACUGCAAAUGAAUCAACAUCAUUUUCUAAAAAAAAACCCAAAAUAGAUGAUUUUCCUGCCCAAACAUAGAAUUAAUUUCAAAUUCCGGCCAUUAACUUAAAUCCAAAGACUUCAUAUGUCAAAAUGACAGUGAGAAACAAAGGGAGAGAAAGUAACUUAAACUUUACAAUCAUGAGUUCUUCUCGGAACAUUUAAUUAGUCUGUGAGAGUGAAAAAGAAAGACUAAGAGGGCCUGGGGGUCUGAGGAAACGAUGGCUACAUGAAAGAGUCUGUUGUUGUCCGUGUACAUGGAGAGAUGAAAGGCAACAAGACAGAAAGAUGGAUGAGACAUUUGGGGGAGGAGGGUGAGAAAUAUGGUUAUUUAUUAUACAGAUUUUCUAUUAGCUGGACUGAAUAGAAGCUGCUUGAUAAUUUUGCAGUGUGUGUGCAAAUAAGUAUAAUAAUGAUCUUCGAUCACUUCCAUAUUAAAAUAGUUUUGUAACAGAUAUGAAAAAAGGACAAAUUUUAGGACAACAUUUUAGGAUAUGUAAACCAUAUUACAUAGAUGUAUCUUAUCACUCACUGAUCAGAGAAAGGGUCCUAAAUGUUGAGGAAAAUUAAUGUAACAUAAAUUAUGUGCUUAAAAGACAAAAAUCCUAGUGUAGAAAAACAUCCAGGAUUAAAAACAAUUAAACACACAACCAAACACAAACAUUGCAAAACAAAUUUAUUACAAAGUCAUUAGAUGAGCUAAAGAUUUCAACAGAGGAUGAUCAAAAUAUUAUGAUUGGAAAGUUUUAACCGAUAGAAACCAUAGUGACAUAGGUAUAGCAUCCUAUUUAAAAUAAAAUACAUUUAUUUCUUAAAUAAAAAGGUCGUACCUGAAUUUAAUUUUUUUAAUUUUUUAUUUGAGUGAUAAACAGGGUUCAUUCGGUCAGUUUUUUUAUUCCCUAUAAUUGCUCUCUAGGGAAAAACGGGUCUGGGCUCUUAUGGGUUAAUGGAGAUUUCAUCUAUGUUCUAGAGAAAGACCUUGCGUGACCUGAUAGUUUUAUAAAUUAGAGCCCUAUAUGUCAGUUUAUUUUGAAAUUGUACUGGCAAAUUCACAUUGCGAUCUGAUUCUCAUUGAACAACAAAUAACUACAUAAUUGCAUAUCAACCAGAUUGUUGAAGAAAGGAUUGUGUUCAUUUAGUUUGGUCAGUCUUCAGUUUGCAUGUGUGUGUGGAUGUGUGUUUGUCAAUCUAGAGUGGUAUGUUUCCAUGUGAGCACAUGCAAGCUGUUUUUGAGGGGGAGUAGUCACCUUGAAUAGCUUCGUGAUGAUAUCAAUUAUUGGCAAAUGUUAAAUAGUUUGCUUUUAAAUUGUGACGAAUUUAACAUUUUCAGGGAAGCUGUUCCAUGACUGAUGUCGCGCUUUCAUACACUAAACUUUCAGGUGAUAAUGGAGGGGCGUGGGCAUGUCCCAUAAACAUUGGCAGGGGGCUUUUUUGCUGGUGUGUAGAAGGAAUAGUGAGAUGAUUUCUCUAAGUUUUAUGAGCUACGCAAACAACAGUUUUUAAGCUGACUUUGUUUCCUGAAAUGUCCAGAAUUAGCUGUAUAAAAUCUCUUCUGUACAUUCCAACACAAAAUAAUUGCUCUAAUGAUCGCGAUCAACUGUAUAUUAGAUGUGGUCUAGUCUCUUUGUAUGUCUUAACUCAAAGUGUGUUUCAAGAAUUGCUUUGCAUCUCCAGUGGACUACUCAGGGUUCAGCUCAAAGUAAUAGUCACAGGGAAUACACUGGUUCUAGGUUUUUUAAUUUUGGAGUUCUAAAAUUCAUAGCUCUCUGUUUUUUAUGUAUCCACGCUUGUCAGGGCUACAUUUCUUAACAAAUCAAUGCUUAUUGAAUUGGAUAUUUUGGAAAACUGUCUGAUUUGCUUAGAAAUAAAUAGGAGCAUGGUUGUUACUUUAUACACGUUCCCUCAAAAGCCUGCUUAGUAUGAAAACUGAAGUAAUCGAUUUAAUUAAAGUAAUUUAAUCCAAUUUUUCAAAAGGUAUUAAAACACGGCAAGCUUCGGAGGUCAAUAAUCAGCACAUUAUUGACAGAGGAGAGUGUGCGUGGAUUAAUCCCAGUUGUGGAGACGAGACACGGAAUACAAGGGACUUGGGAAAUACCAGAAUUUGUCAAAAGGAGACAUUAGUGAGGACCAAAGGCAUGACGUAAAACUUGCUGACAAACAGACAAGGAUAAACGGGCGUGCAACAGACGAUGUGACAGACAAAGACAAAGAGGGACUGAACCAGGAGAGCUAAUAUACAAGGGACAGGGGACACAGGUGAAGAGAGCACAGUUGACCACCAGGAUGGAAAAUUACAGAGGAGACAAAGGGAGAUUACAAGGAGUGAAGCUGAAAGAGACACGGAAGGAGGAAAUAGGAAACCAGCGAGAAAUAUAGGGAUAUACAGAAAAAUGAGUGGGAUGUGGAGAAAGUCAGUAACUAAGGCAAAUGACUGAAACUAGAUCAGAAAAAUAACCCUCAGAACACAAAAAAAGAAAGUUGAACCAUUAUUUAAAACAGGACCAAGGACAAAUAAAAGCAAAAAACAAAUGCAUGAUCAUUAUAGCGACUGUUUAGCACCCAUUUUUUUUGCUGAGAGAGGUAAGUUGCAAAAAUAAAAGAAAUUUAAUUAUUUCAAACAGGGGAAUGAUUACAAAAAAUCAAUCUAGAAGACAGAGGCGCAGAAAAAAACAUGAGACAAAGAGACAGACAGAGAUGUCCAAGCCAUGUUUGCCCUGUGGUGUUUACCACGCUGCCUCCGAUGUGGAGCUGUGCUACGCCGGGCUGGAGACAAUGCGCCUCUGUCCCACAGCGAGCCGCUCCACAGCUCCACAACAGACAACGGCUUAUUAUGGAAUCAAAGAUCCCCCCGGACUCAGCUUCCCAGUGCCUAAAUGCUGUCCCCUGCCGAGCACACGCACCCCGUUGCACGGCCCGAGGCCGCAAACUGCCCGUGAGGCCGGAGAGGGCACGCAGAUAUACGAGGUGUCACACACAUGAAAGCACACUCACGCACUCACACACUUAACCUACAAGAAAGAGAACACACGCCACCUUAUUAGGCAGGAUGCUGGUCAGACAUUAGCAGCCUUAACAAAGGUUUCAGGGGUCACACAGCUGCUCUCCUCACCAAAGCUGAUGACAGGGGGAUGUGAAGAUAUGGAUAAUUAACCGGCAUCAGAAAGCUGUCAUGGAGGAGGUUGGAAUGACAGCAGGGAGAUAUGAUCGUCGCAUAAAGGGGAAACAUCUUGCUAUAGACGAUGAAGAACCAGAAAAGAACAGAUGUACAAGGACAAUAAAGAGCCGUGGGGGUCAGUUAGAGCUUAAACAGUUAAGAGUUUUAUCAAAAUGAUCAAAUAUCAACUGAGUCUCAUCUUAGAUCCUGGUACUGUCUGAGUCCAAAUUCGUGUGUUUGUCCUGAAGAUACGAGAAGCUUUACCAGGAUCACGUCUGAACCACUUUACUACUACUUGGACUAAUACUUUAACGACUUGUAAAUCACCGGGUGGGUGCGUAAAGUUCAAGGUCCUUUCAGGUUACUUCAAGAAAUGUUAGAGAAACAUUUGCUAAAUUUGCUAAUGCUGUUCUAUUUAACUGUACAUAGCAGAAACUGAGGUGAUAUGCAUGGAAGAUCAUUUGCUGUUUUUGUAGAUGACAGUAAACAGAAUUUGAAUCUAUUUUUAUCCUCAGCAGAAUGUUUUAUAUGCAAACUUUUGGAAAUGCAUUCUACUUUAACUAUCUGUUAGCUUAAACAACAAAAUAUAUUCCUAAAACUUUUUUAUGCUGGGAGAAGAAUAGCCCAAGUUUACUAACUUGAACAAUACUAUUUACUAAGUUAUGUAUGUGUUAUCAAUAUGUUUCUUGUAAUAUGGGACACAUUUGGUUUGCAAUCAAGCAUACUGUGUCUUCUUGAGUAUUGUAAUAUUUGUGAAGAGGGUUGGGUUGAAAUAGUAAGAAACAACAACUUGUACUGGACUUUCAUAAAGGAGGAAUAAUCGUCAUUUAAUUUCUAUUUCAUGAACUGCCUGUUAUGACAAAGAAAAAGUAUUACAAAAAAUGAGCGGCCUUUAAGUGUUAGCCAAUUGUUGGUUGUCACUGAAAGAACCACGGCUCAAGAUAACUUAUAAAUAAGCUAUGAGUUUGGAAUAUAUUUGAGAAAGAGCAGGGUCAAAGUUUAUGCUUGUGAUGUUGUUAAUGAGAGCAGUAUCUGCUUGUCACAUGCUGCAAAACCCUAUGUCUAAUCUGAAUAUUUUCCGGUUAAAUUGUCCAUAAACAUCACAGAGAAAGAUAAUGCAAACUCUUAUAAGUAACAUUUGGUGUUACUACUUUUCUAGCAAAUAAAAUGUUUUAUCAUCUAAAAAGAUAUAGGCUGACAUGAAUUAAAAAUUGGAAAUUUAAAAAUUUUGAAAAAUAUAUCAUCCCGAGAUGGUUCUGAACCACUGACUCAGGACGACUGUUCUUAGGUUCUCCAGGAUUAGGUAAACCUUGUUGUUUGUUCACAAGUACUCAAACACAGGGGUGAACUUAUGCCGAUUUCAAAACUUCAUGUGUUAAUUCAUGUGCUACUGCAAAAUCGAAUCCCAUCGAACAGUGCAGUCCCUCACUGUGGUGUCGCUGCUCAACCACAUGGUGGAGCCUGGACAACGCCCGAAGACAGCAACAUCCUGCACCACGGCCAGAUGGACUUCAAAGGACUGCCUUCAUUUUUGUAUCUGUUUAUUGUGUUUUUCACGCUUAUCAAUCUUGUUCUCCUUACUCAUUUUUGCUUUUCUUGUUUCUUUCUUUUUAACUUGCAUACAUGCCUGCUGUCCCCUUGUGAGUAUUAAAAUAGUUCAAAUUGCUUGCUUUGUUUACGUUGAAGGUUUUGUACAAUAUUUCAUAAAAGCAAAUUUCAAGUGGAUUCUGUCAUUUCCUUUAACUUCUUGACAUGGAAAAGGGCAAGAAUAUUACAGCAGCCUUCUUCAAGUGUUUAUAUAUGUAUUGUGAAACCAGGAUGGUCACCUAUUGAAUGAAAUGAUUAAUUGUUUAUCUAUCUUUUUACUAAAUAAAAGACUUGAUUGAAGAUCUUCCAAAAGCGACGAUUCCUUUCAUUUUUUGCCAUUGGCUGUAACCUCACUGGACCUCCUGACCUGUCAAGUGGUCUGGACACGGCACAUCAUGAUAGAAUGACGUGCAGCAAAGGACCAAAGGCUGGGACUUCUACCCGGGUCAGCUGGGACAAGGACCUUUGCCUCCAGACAUGAGGGAACUGCUUUAAACUCGUUGAGAUACUCAGCAUGCCUCCUUCUUCUUUUGUGGCAAUGCACACUGUUGCUUUCCUUAAUAUAAAGCUAUAAUCAUCAGUAAGCUUUCAUUAUUUGUCUUGUAUUGUAUUAAUUCCUUAACAAUGAACUUCA